AUGACUCUCUGCUUCUGCUCUCUUCCUCGGCCGUCGCCAUUGAUCCACCAGCCGCAUCUCCAAUGGAAUCCAAACCCUAACAGCAGAUCAAACUCCUCGCUCUCCCUCUCAACUCAUCGCCUCGCUCCCUCUCCUCUCGCCGUCGUCAGAGUCGCCCAACCAGGCGCUGAAGUUGCAUCUCCACCUCCGGAGAGCGCAGCGAUAAUUCCGGCCGGCGAAGAAGAGCCUCAGGUUACCGGGCCUGUGAAUGGAUCCUCGGUGGAAGAAUCGGAGGUCAAACCGACGAGAGUUAAGAAGAAGAGCAGAGAAGACGAGGAUAGCUUCGACAAUAGGUUCACGCUUCGAAAUGGAAAGGAGGUUUUGGCUGAAAAUGCAUACCUAGUUGGAGUUGAGCGCAAAGGAGAUCCGGAUAAUACUUUUGGCAUAGAGGAGUCGCUCAAGGAAUUGGCUCAGCUUGCUGACACCGCUGGGCUUACGAUCGUUGGUUCGACGUAUCAGAAACUAAGUACUCCAAAUGCGAGGUCAUACAUUGGCUCUGGCAAGGUCUCAGAAAUUAAGAGUGCGAUUCAUGCUCUAGAUGUUGAGACUGUGAUAUUUGACGAUGAGCUUUCUGCUGGGCAACUUCGUAAUUUAGAGAAGGCAUUUGGUGAAAAAGUUAGAGUUUGUGAUCGCACUGCCCUCAUCUUGGAUAUCUUCAACCAGAGAGCUGCAACUCAUGAAGCAUCUUUACAGGUCGCAUUGGCUCAAAUGGAGUACCAGUUACCACGACUUACAAAAAUGUGGAGUCAUCUUGAGCGUCAAGCUGGUGGCCAGGUCAAGGGUAUGGGUGAGAAGCAGAUUGAAGUUGACAAACGUAUCUUACGUACUCAAAUUGGAGUUCUAAAAAAAGAGCUAGAAUCUGUAAGGAAACACAGGAAACAGUACCGAACCAGGCGUACUGCUGUACCUGUUCCAGUUGUAUCUUUGGUAGGGUAUACAAACGCUGGGAAGAGUACUCUCUUAAACCAAUUGACUGGAGCAGGAGUUCUAGCUGAGGACAAACUAUUUGCUACUCUUGAUCCUACUACUAGAAGGGUUCAGAUGAAGAAUGGAAAUGAGUUCCUCCUCACUGAUACUGUUGGUUUCAUCCAAAAGUUGCCCACUACCCUGGUUGCUGCUUUCAGAGCAACGCUAGAGGAGAUUUCUGAGUCUGCGUUGAUGGUGCAUGUGGUUGACAUUAGUCAUCCACUAGCAGAACAACAGAUUGAUGCUGUGGACAAAGUCUUAUCAGAACUAGAUGUUUCAUCAAUUCCAAAGUUAAUGGUUUGGAAUAAGGUUGACAAGGCCGCUGAUCCUCUGAAAACAAAAUUAGAAGCAGCAAAACACCAGGAUGUUGUCUGCAUAUCUGCUCUGACUGGGGACGGGUUACAAGAUUUCUGCGAUGCAGUCCAGGACAAAUUAAGGGACUCAAUGGUGUGGGUGGAAGCUUUGAUUCCCUUUGACAAAGGGGAGCUGCUGAGCACAGUACAUCAAGUUGGGAUGGUGGAGAGAACUGAAUAUAUGGAGAACGGGACACUAAUCAAGGCACAUGUACCCCUUAGAUUUGCACGUCUACUGACUCCGAUGAGGCAUCUAUGUAAACUCAUAUAUGCAGCCAAAAGCCUCAGUACAAGCCAAUCGGAGGAAAGUGCAGGGAACCAGGCAUGGGAGAUUGAUGUUUGCAUAGAUAUGCAUCAUCAAGGCAUGGCCCUGGAGCAGUUAGUAACAGAAACUACUCCACAGACAAAAGAAGGCUUCCCUUCAUAUGCAUCCACCUCCAGAGGUUUCGGCUGGUGGGGUGGCCAUCAUGCUCCUGUUGCCGGCAUUGGAUCUGCAGGUUUGUUUCCCGGAUACUAUCAAGUUUCCUGUCCUCAAGCUAAUUUCCAUGAUUGCUUUGUGCAGGGUUGUGAUGCUUCAGUGCUAUUGGACAGUACUGCAAAGAUUGCUAGCGAGAAGAAUGCAGGUCCAAACAGGAAUUCCCUCAGAGGAUUUGAUGUGAUUGACGAGAUCAAGGCUGAGUUGGAAAAUGCUUGCACUCAAACCUUCUCUUGCGUGGAUAUUCUUGCCAUGGCAGCUCGUGGCUCUACUGUACUGAGAGGUGGACCAAGUUGGGAGCUCCCCUUGGGAAGAAAGGACUCGAGACGAGAACAGCAAGCCUCAUCAGUCUCUUCAAACGCCAAGGCCUGA